AUGUCCCUCAAGAACGACAUCGUCUCCGCCCUCGAGAAGGUCACCGCUAAGGAUGCCACUGAGACCCACGCCUGGGUCAAGCCCUACGAGGCUCCCGCCGCUGAUGUGCACCAGUUCCUCUUCUUCCUGAAGCCUGAGGCCACCGCCAGCUACGAUGGCGUUAAGGUGGAGGCUGUGGUCGAGCUCGCCCUGAAGACCCUCGCCGAUUUCGGCGUUGAGGUCGGCUCCGUCCGCGUGCUGUCCGGUGACUACCUCGACAAGCACAACCUGAUGGGCCAGCACUACGGUGUCAUCUCGGCCAUCUCCAGGGAGGGCGUCUCCGUCAUCUCCGAGCAGGCCAAGAAGAACCUCGACGAGAAGUUCAAGGCUGACAUUGAGGCCGGCGCUUCCGUCCUCGGUGGCCACCAGUUCCUUGCCAAGGAGCCCGGUUUCAACGCCUUCUCGCUCAGCGUGCUGAACGACAACCUCGGCACCACCAGGCUCGCUGGCGGUACCUAUGCCAUGAAGAUCAAGGUCCUCGGCAAGCCCGUCAUUAUCCUCAACCCCUUCCACGCCUACCAGCUCGUUCCCUACACCACCAAGGGUCACUCGAUCAUCCUGUUCGAGGCCCGCUCCACCAAGUCGUGGGAGGAUCUCCGCCAGAAGCUCACCGGCACCACCGACCCCAAGGAUGCCGCUGAGGGUUCCAUCCGCAACCUGUUCCUUAAGCACAAGGCCGACCUUGGCCUCGGUGACGUCGACAAGGGCACCAACGGCGUGCACGCCUCGGCUGGUCCCCUCGAGGGCAUGGUCGAGCUCCAGCGCUUCUUCUCCGACCACGAGGCCGGCUCCACCCUCGGCUACGAUCACACCGCCUUCGGCAAGCUCCUCAUCUCCAAGGGCCUCAGCCUCGAGCAGGUCCAGAAGCUCGCCUCCAACCCCGACCUCGACCAGGAGGGCAAGAAGGUGUCUGCUUUCGACGCCACCGAGGAGAAGGACGCCGCCGAAUCUGCGGACGUUCUCGCCAACGCCAAGUUCGCUGCCGCCCUCUAA